AUGCCCCCAGGAACUUCAAAUGUCAAUCAGAAUCUUUUCCACUUACGACGGAUUCCUCCCAAUAAGUGCCGCUCAGAUCCAUCUCGAGGUGUUGAAGCUACGCUUAUUUUACUCGAUACUCAUACGAAGUUUGGAAGGAAUCCCGAAAAAUGCGACGUUGUAUUGACUUCGUCCGUUUUCAGCUCUUCGAAUAUGAUAUCCCGAGAUCAUGCGGAUAUAAUUGGCGUAAAAGGUGCAAGUGGACGUAUUGAAAAAUAUCACAUCAACGACCGCUCACUUAAUGGCACGUACAUCAACGACCAAAGGGUAAACAGCACUAUGCAGAUCAUGGAAGGGGAUGUAAUAAAAUUCGGUCACAUGAACGGUGCCGCGGUUCGGCCCGGACAAACUGCUCCUCAAGCUAACGCAGAAUUUGCAUUCAUGGUAGAGCGAGCAAAUCCUAGCUACGAUUAUAUUGGAUUCGUAGAUGGACGUCGAGGAGACGUAGCUCGUCCCACGGUUAUGCAGUCGACAAAGGCGCCUCCUGUGCAAAAUGCUUCUCAGAAUCUAACUGCGCCUAGCACUACUGCUAGUGUCUCAUCUACAGCUGGAGCAAAUCCUAUGGCUGGUCUUAUGUGGCCCGGUACCCUUGGUUACAACCAGUCCUUGCCGGGUUUUGCGUACAGCGGUUUUCCCAUGAAUCCAGCUUACCUGCAGCCACCGCAAUGGGCACAGCAUCUGCAAGUUCUCCAACAACAAGCACAACAGUCUGGAUUUCGAGUACCUGAUGUUUUUGGUGCUACUGCAUGUAUGGGCUCCUCAAAUGGCCCUCCAUCUACAUCGGCGUCACUUUUUCCGCUCACACAGCGGGGUUUUUCUCUGCAGCAAGCUCAACAAAAUUUGAUGCAAGAUGAUAAAACGAGUACGACUACUCACAUUGUGCAGGGAAAGGAGACUGAGGCUGUUAAUCCUCCUGCAACGGUAAAAGUUCCUGUGGCAUCACCACCGAUGGAAUGUGACAGCUCGGUUCCCAGUCCACCGAAAACAACUGUUGCUACUACUGUCUCGACUGCCCCAUCUGCUUCGCAAACAACUCGGUCUGCGGCAUCGCCCCUAAGGAAAGAAGGUGAGUCCACAUAUCGAACCUGGGUUUCCUAUUCGCUCAAAUUUGAAGUUGUAGAGGAUGUACGCUCGGAACGCAGCUUCGUGGAAUCUCCUCAACCGCCUCGUGCGCCAGCCCCCGCACCAUGGGACAGUACGCCCUCUCCUCGCCCACGUGACUAUUCACCGGAUCGCGAAAGUACAGCAACACGAGAUACCGAGAAGGACCGAGAUUAUGACAAGGAGAAGGAACAACGGGAAGCUGAACGAGAAAAAGAGGAGGCUCGAGAACAAUCGAAGAAAAAGCCCACGAAGGAAGUUCGCGCUGGCGCUCCUAACCAAUCUCGCCCGAGAACGAAAACCAACGAGAUCGCUCGUCUUCUCGAUGACUUGUGCGAGGGAUCAUGGGCGAAUACUGUUCGUCGUGUAUCGUCUAGCUCACGUCGUCCCACCGAAGAGGCAAUCAUUGAGCGAAACAGCAAGAAAGAGAAAAAGAAGAUGGAGAAAAAUCGCAAAAAGGAACGUUCUCGAGAACAACGAGCGUCUAUUGCGUCUUCUUCGGUAUCAUCUGUGACUACCUCUGGGGCAGCGAAACCAGCCAGACGAAAAUUGAAGCAGUUAAGCGACGACUCCAGCUCAGGAUCGUCCAGUGAUUCAGAAGAGGUUAUACAACCUGUUCGAAAAACAGCAGCUGUAGAGAAAAAGAAGGCCGAAGUGAAAAGGAAGCGUGUCUCACCGCCUGCAUCGGAUGUUUCUUCAAACCGAUACAGUGACUCUGGUUCUGACUCUGAGGAACGUAUCUCAUCAAAGAAGGGGAACAAGCGUCGUUUUCCAUCAAGCGAGAAGAAAUCGUCAGAAAAGAAAAAGUCACACGCAUCCAAUUCAGUAACUUCGGUUACGAAGAAGAAGGCAAAGGCCGCAAGUCGAAAACGUGAAGACACGAAUACAGACGAAGAGGCGAUCACGCAGCACGAUCCCAGUACAACAUGUGCGCUGAAUGCUGAAUGUACGAGACCGCAAAGCGAACAAGUUGGAUGGAUAUUCUGCGACGAUUGUCAGAACUGGUUCCACAACAUCUGCAUUCUGGGGCGUGAGGAAGCUCCUGAUGAUGAAUUUUUCUACUGUGGUUGUAAAGCAAAGAAGAAAACUAAGAAGCGAUGA